CUGGACUUCGAGCAAGGCCAUGUGGGGGCAAGUCGCCCCGGUAUCUUGCCGGUGUCUUCACGACAUGUGACUGCGUAUGGACAUGAUGAAUUGUAUUCGCGGCUAAUGAUAUACUCGCCGCUGUUCCCCCACGCCUCCUCUCAAAGAGACGCCGUCAUUUUCAUUAUAAAGGCAGGCCAAUCUGGACAGGAUGUUGUCUCCUUAUCUGUCCCCCAGCAAUGCUGCGCUGGCUAUCCCUCACGCUUGUCCUGACGACUAGUGUUGCUGUGUUUGCCGACCCCUCUCUAGAAUCUAAAGAGCCAAGUGAUGCACUACCCAAGUGCCAGGCACAUGCCUGGGUGAGAGCACCUGACAUGGUUCCCGGCGAUGUUAUUGCAGGCGACGUCAAGGUUAAACUCAGGGGACCAUGCCCUGAUGCCGAGAGCUAUGUGCUUGGCUUGCGCUACAAGGAAAGGGUCUUCUGGAAGUUGAGACGGGAAGAUGCGCCGAUUCCGAAAAGGCCAAAAAUCAAGUAUAAUUCUACUGGCUUGAACCGUGAUUUGUUUCAUGUGGGGAUGCCCUUCCAGGACACCAAGGAUGCGGACUACAACAAAACGGAAUGGAUGACCUACCAGAAGUCUGUUCAGAACAAGGACUUGUGGUCUGUGCACGAGGAUGAACGGAUUGCCUUUGAGAUAAAGACACCCUUGGUCAGUACAGAGGGGGCAGAGCCGUUGCCAGCAAUCUUCACGACUCGGUUCGGAAUUCUGGUACCAAAUACAAACUACCCUCCAGGAUUAGACUACCGUAGAGGUGCAAGAUUAGGCUUUAACAGGGGAACUAAUACGAUAUCCAGCGAAUCUGUUUACGAAUACUUUGUUGAAAUAAAAUUCAGCAAUGGUACCGUGUCAGAGAUACCUGCGGGAAUUACGGCCUUCGCUCCGGUAUACCACCCCACAGACAAUGACGCGCCCCAUGUGAGCGUGUCUCCAGAAUACCGAGGCCCCAUUUCCGACUUGGGACCAUCGGUAGACAUGUUGAGGAGCAACUACACAAUUGAAAUUCACUUUCCUGACGGAGCUCAUGUUUAUCAAAACUCAACCGUGAAUAUAACGGCCACCGUUCAUAGGAUAGGAUACACGAAUCGGACAGAUAUUCCUAUGAGACUGUGCGCAUCUCUGCAACAGCCGAAUGACAUCGAAUGGCAUCCCCAGGAGCUCAAAAACCGAUCACAGACAAAUCGAUCACAACCAUUCACGCGGAUUCCGUUCAUUAGAGCAUUGGUCCCUUUCAUGCAGAAUUCGCACUUUUCAAUCCAUGCGGUCCCUUCAUUCACAUGUCAAGAGAUUGAUUUCGCGGCAGCUUCUACAAACUCGGCUCAUGAGGGUCACAUCUCUUCCACGUCCUCUGAGCCUCUUUCAUUGUCCAUCCACGCAGGCUGCGACACUGUUCCUGACUUUUCAACAUAUUAUCAGAAGCUGGAACAUCGUGUCAGUCUUAAUCUGCAUAUCAAGCCCGAUCCAUCAGAGCCAUGGGAGAAUGAACUCGAGAAGGUACAAUGGGAGAAGCAGAUUGCGGACAUGGAUGACACUGAUUUUGACUGGGUGCCCUGGACGCCAUUGACACACUCUCGUCGCCGAUUCCUUAGCGGAGACGCUUAUAUAUCAGUCAUCCCAAUGCAGAAGCAGGGACCUGUGCGAUCAACACCAGUCCACUACCUGUCUGACAAUGCUCGCCAACCAUUAUUUGUCAAUUCGUCGGACAUCACUGGCCUUCGUUUGAUGUUGCCUGAGGAACGUGAUGUCAUUGCCCCACUUGCGCAGCCGUCUAUCAAGGUGUUUCCCAAGGGAGAAGAACUUCUCCACAGAUACUUCAUUGGCACUGACAUGCAGCGGCCGAUAUACGUUGGAGACACCUGGGCUAAGAAAGUAUUGCCGAUGGUUGCUGAAGGGCAGCGCGAGAGAGAUACUAUGGACCGCUUGCUUGUUGUGCAGUGAUGAUGAUGAUCAGUUGGUAUAUUCAGACAUGGGGUUGUCGUACUCAAUUGGUGAAAAUUUCA